AUGCUACAAAGCAUAUCCCCAUUGCACGAUGACCACCAUGAACGGUCAUCGCGGAAUUCCACUGCCUCCCUGACUGCGGCACUCAAUGACUCCAAGAUCCACUUACUCCUCGCAGCGUCCGGGUCCGUAGCUACCAUCAAGCUGCCUCUCAUCAUCCAGAAGCUCUCUACACAUCCCAACCUCAGCAUCCGUGUGCUUCUUACACCCGCGGCAAGCCGCUUCCUGGCCGGCCAGUCGGCUGAGCAGCCCACCGUCUCUAGCCUCCAUGCGCUCCCCAAUGUAGACGGCGUAUACGUUGAUGAAGAUGAGUGGAGGGAGCCGUGGAAGCGCGGCAACGGCAUCCUACAUAUCGAGCUACGGCGCUGGGCCGACAUGCUUGUCAUUGCGCCGCUGAGCGCCAACACGAUGGCCAAGAUCGUGUCGGGCAUGGCCGAUGGGAUACUGACCAGCGUGGUGCGCGCCUGGGAUGCGAGGGGAGAGCUGGACACGGACGUUGGCCGGGACCCUGUCGGUGCCUCUACCGCGGGCGCCGAAACCAACGGCCACGGCGCGACCAAGAAGAUCAAGCGCAUCAUCGUCGCGCCUGCGAUGAACACAGCCAUGUGGCGGCACCCGAUCACUACAAAGCAGAUCAAGACCCUGAAGCAGGACUGGGGCGUAGGGAGGGGUGGUGAAGGCGGCGGCUGGUUCGAAGUGCUUGAUCCCCAGGAGAAGCUGCUGGCUUGUGGGGAUAGGGGCGAUGGUGCGAUGAUGGAAUGGACAGAAGUCGUGAAAAUCAUUGAGGACAGAUUGGGGUUGAAGUUGUAA